CAACUUGCCGUUGUGGCUGUUUGACAGCGCGCUUUCGUACUCGUAAAUUGCGACGAACGUUUUGAUCUUUUUAGCCGGUUUUGCGAACGUCGUGCACGCGUUGGUCAGCCGGCAACGUCGUCGGCGGCAGCGACUACCUUUCGCAGCAGCUCCAAGCGCCAACUGCGCGACAGAAUUAGCCCAGCACCAGACAAGGCGUCAAACGUUAACUUUUUCAAAACGCCAGCGCACCAAUCAGUCGUUCUUGAAUUGCGAGCGCGUGCGAACGUUCGGUAUAAAGUUAAAUUUUGUCGAUAGAAAUUUUAUUUGGUUACCGAAAAUUUGUUUGUGUAAUAAUUAUUUGUAUGACGAAAGCGAACAUUUAAUUUAGUUGAUUUAUGAAAAAUUUAUUACGUACAAUAAAUUUACGUUUUAAUUUAAGUGAACGGCAGUGGUGUGAGAAAUAUACAAAAAUAACUGCAAAAUUAGUGGCGUGUGUUAAAAUCUAUAAUAUAUAGGUGAAUAGCUGAAGAAAGCAAGAAAAAAAUUGAAGUGAAACGAUAAAUUUUAAUGUGCCGGAAAUUUUUUCGAAUUGGGUAUUUUGGUGAAAUAUUUGGGUAUACAAAUGUUUGCUGAGUGUGGAAAUUGAAAACUAUUGCUUAGAUAUUACAACAAUAUCACGCAAAGCUAUAAUAUUAUUAAUAUAAUAAAAAAUUUGAAACAAGAAAAACGAAAAAAGCAAUAAAACAGAAUUAGAAAAUAGCAAAAAUAGAAGCUACUCAAUUUGGUUGCCGUUUUACAAUUAAAAAAAAUUGUGUUUUUUGUUUUUGAAUAUCCAUAACUGUAUGGAAAUGGUUUAAGCACUGUGAAAAAUAAAACAAUAAUAAUAAUUAAAAAUAUAUAAGAAAGUUAUUUAAAAACAAGUAUACAAAAGCACAAUAUUAAUAAAAAUUUAGUUAAAAAAAAACUUGAAAAAGAUUGCAAUAAAUGUUCAAUAUUCGUCACCGUUUUACGCGCUGUAAAGGCACACGGGCGAAUUGAAUGACAGUGAGUCAGUUUUGCAUGACACGAUCAGCUGUCAUUCUGCUUAAAUGAAAUCAGCGCUGAUAUAAAGAUAACCAGAGUUGCUGUGUACUGCCAAAAGCCACAGCGUCUACCAAAGUACAACAAAUAUGCAACAAAAGCCAUAAAAAUUUCUACGAAAUAAAAAAAAACCACAAAUCAUAGUGCGAAAUCCAACAUAUAUGCAUAUGAAUAAAUGUAUGAGUGACUACAAAAAAAUAAAAUAAUUGUUUCCAUGUGCAAAUUAAAUAAAUCCAUAAGUGAGUGCAAAAGUACUUUUCAAUUGCCAAGCAAAAUAACAUAAAAUAUUUAUUAUUGCCGACACGCUUGCUUUAAUUUAUUUAUUAGCAAAUUUUAAUAGGCGAAGAGGGCGCGCGGUAGAGCGAGCAAACGGAAUAGCGCAACAAUUUCUUCGCACAAAGGCAAACAAACCUCGUGCGAGCAAACAAAACGCCGGCAAAGCAAUCAAACACGAAUCAACAAACCCCAACAAUAAAUAAAUUUGUGCAGCAAGUGCAAAAGUAAAACGCGUCGGAGGGAGUGAGAGGCAAACACCUAAGCGCAAGAGGUCAUUUCAAUUGGCGUUUGAUUUACUCGCUCGCGAAAUUCCACAAAAAUUCAAUAAGAAUCAUAUUUUCGCGCGAUCAAGUAGUGUCUUAGUGCUGGCACUAAAGUGGAAAGUGUGCGCCGGAGUGUGUUGGUGUAAAGUGCAAGAAGGUGUUAAAGCUAUUAGAUUGAAAAAAUAAAAUUAAAGAAAUUAAAUAAAAAUUAAAUAAAAAAUUAAAAAUAAUUAAUUUCAGUGUUUGGAAAAAAUUUUGAAAUUUUUUUAAAAUCAGUUUUGAGCUUUUGCUCUUCUAUAAACUAAUCGUUAUUAGUUAAUAAAUCGACUGCUUAUUUAAAUCACUAUGGCAACACUGAAGGCUGUUUAUCACAUUACUUGUCUGCUUUUGACCCUCUUGGUGCUCGAAGUGAAAUGCAAUGAAUCAGCAGGCGACCUUCUGCCGCAUCCCUGCUACAAUGUGAAAUGCCCUCCGUUGACCGAAAUGACCUGUCCGCCGGACAGCAGUGUACGCGAAAUGCUCAACAGCAUCGAAGUGCAACAGAUCACCGUAGCGCCCACCGAUACCGCCGACGCCAUGACCUACAAUACGACCGAAAUCGAUGAAGACGUCUAUGCAGAAUGCUGUCUGGCCAAAAAGUGCAUUUGCAAGACCUGCUACAUACCCGACUGUCAUGGUGAAGAUGAAGUGGUCGUCGAGCUGUUGCCCGAAUCGAUGAACAAACCCGGUCAAUGUUGCGGCGAGUAUGAGUGUCAGCGCAAACCGAAGUGCACAGCGGACGAUGAUAGUGAGCUGUAUUGGCUGAAGGGCUGUCAGCGUUGCCACUGUUUUGCGGGCAAACCCAUGUGCAUACAGAUCUGCGAUGAAGCCGUGAAUAAGACCAAAGCCAUUUGCAAGCCAGAAAAAUUGAAUGCGCUAUUUGAGCAUGGCGAAAGCUGGCGUGUGGGCUGCUAUGAAUGCGAAUGCAUCGAUGGCGUUGAAAAGUGCGUGCUGCCGUUCUGCAGCAAUGUCGAUUGUCCGCGCGAACGUCAAAUAACAUUGAAAGAUGGCUGCUGCCCCAUUUGUUGGCCCGACUGUGCGCCCAUGCCAAAGGAAUUGCUGAGCGGACGCAGCAGCGUACAUGGCAAAUACGGCAAUGGUUUGCGGCAUUACGACGAUGAGGAUGAAGAAAAUGAAGACGAUUUCAUUGAUGAUGCAAAUAGUGCACCGCGUAGCUUUGAUUAUGCUGGCGAAAAUGAGAACGAUCCAUUGUCGGACAUACAGUUGGGCGAAGCAGAAGCAGUGAAGCUGCAGCAGAACACAACCGCUGAAGCACAAACCACUACAAGUGCCGCCAGCUCGUCAACAACUGUAGCAACAGUCAAAACGACCGCCGGACCGGCAACCCAAACGAGCUCGACCGUUGCUCCCGCCAUAAACUUGCCCAUAACGCCUACCACAGCAGCGCCUUCUGAGUCGCCGGCUGUGGCGCUUGCCAGUGAACCUGCCAUAGCCACCGCUUGCCCGCCUGCUAUGGCUUCACGUCACGAUAGUCCGGCCUCCUUCCAGCUAUAUCCCGACGAGGACGACGUCAUGCCCGCAGUUAAAGUCGUCUCGGAAUCAUGCAAGCAUUGGAUGAUUUAUAUUGUUAUCGGCAUCUUGGUCGCCUUCAUUGCAGUGCUGAUAGCUUGGAUCAUACAGUUGCGUUUGAAGCAGCGUUCCUACCGGCCGGUCUCGCACAUCGACGACAAUUUCAAUAAGAUGUCCUGUAAUAUCAAGCAAACAAAUGCUUAUGUUUAGAUGAAAGCGAGUAAUAUGUAAUGGAAAAUGAAAAAAUGCGAGUGUGAGAGCGUAAGACAGUUCAUAAUGCGUGUAGUACCGGCAUACUUAUAUGUAUGUGUGUUUCUUUUAGCGCCAGGUCCUCGGUAGUGAAGUUUAUUGUAUGAAAAGAGUUUAUGGUAGCAACGAAGAUUAUGGCCGUCUUAUGCAAACAUUUAGAACAUUAGCAACAAUAUUAAGUCUUAAGAUUUCUUAGUUGAUAGAAUUAUAACCUCAUUUUUAUGCAGUUAGAAAAGGGAUCACUUCAUAUAAACUCGCUUUUUGAAACAUAACAUCACAAAAUUAACUGAGCAAUUUAUUGGAAAGUAUUUAUUGAAUAUUUUUAGUAAAGGUUGUGAGCUUAGAUAUCUGGCACAUGAACCCAAAUGAAGCAAAAGGUGGGUUGAAGAUUUUAUAAACUAAUUUCGGAGUAUACUGCGGGGUUAACAGUUCUUGGUGGAAUAUAAAACUGGGUUCAUGGAGACCUUAAAUAAAUUACAUAUAACACGAAACUUUAAACCCUCCGACUUGACAGAAGAAAAGCACGGUUAGACAUUUAAAAAAUAAUUUUGGAGUAUACUGAGGAGUUGACACUCCUUGGUGGAAUGAAAACCUGUGUUCAUGGUUAGCUGAAAAUAAUUCCAUUUAGCAAGAAACCUUAGCAUCUCUGAAUUGACGGCGGAAAGGUCGGUUAGACAUUUAAAAAAUAAUUUCGGAGUAUACUGCGGGGUUAACACUCUUUGAGGGAAUAUAAAACUGGGUUCAUGGAAACCUGAAACGAAUCACAUGCAACGAGAAAACUUCAAACAUCUGACCUGACCGUGGAAACCACCGGUUAGACCUCUCAAAAAUAUUUUAGGAGUAUACUGCGGAGUUUAUAGAUUUUGGUCGAGUAUAAACUUGAGUGUAUGGAUAAAAGCUCUGAGUUAGCCGUUAGCUAAGCUCAUAAUGCAACCGGGAAAUCCAAAAUGUCUUGCCAUUUUGGUAAAUUUAUGUUCACACAAACACAUAUAUACCGUUUCAAAGAGAAAAAUCUUCAAAAAAUUGCUCAAAACACCGACAUUCGUAUUCGUAAAAUUUCAAUCAUGUUUAAUUUUUCGUUCGAAAUUCCCAACAUUUUUCGCAUAUCGUAGAGAAAAGAUCUCAAUUUUUAAUUUUGACAAAAAUUUUUGUUUUAUAUAAAAAAAAUGUUAGGUUCUUCAUCAUACCACAUAAAAAUUAUGAAAUCAUAAAAUUCAUAAAAAGAAUAAAUCCUAUCAUACCUAAAUAAUUAUUAUGCAUAUUUUUGACUAAAAGUAUUGAAAACAACUAUCAUUUAAUUUGUAAUUACUUUUUAAAAAUAAGAAAAUUUAAAAAUAUUUUUUUUUUAUUAUAAAUAACUGUAUAUUUAAGUUUUUAGUUAAAAUAUAUAUUUGCUUUAUUAAAAUAUAAUAAUACUAUAGUUUUAAGCUUCUUUUAAAAUUCAAAUAGUUUUAUUUGAAAUAAAAUUUAAUUUUGAAAUUUAUUUUUUUUUAUAGUUCUAAGGCUUUUUAAUUGGCAUUGAUUUAUAUAUUUUAUAUAUUAUAAAGUUAAAUAUGUUUCUUAGAUCUUUAAAUCCUGUGCAAAGAGAUUAAAAUAUAGUAAAUAUUUCACAUUUCAUAUAUUAAAUUUUUAUUGAAAAAACAGCGUUGAAACAAAUGAAAAUAAAUUUGAGCAAUAUUCUAUUAAAUCAUUAUUAUACCUAUAGUAUUAAUGAACUUUCAAAUAGUCAAGGUCACAACCAUAUUUUUGAAAGGAAUUCAAACUUGCUUGUGUCCGAGGGUUGAUGUCUCUGCAAUAUAUGUAUCAGUAAGGACAAAAACCAGCAAUGAAUUAUUCAGAAAUAAUACCGAAGAUAGAUCUCUAACUGCAACAAAUACAUGUAUCGAUGAAUCGAUAAGCUCUUAGUAUUAUCGAAUAUAUUAAUCGCUUUAAAUUUCGAUAUUUGAAUAAGCAUUGUAUCCUUUAAUGUGGUGUAACUUUAUUAAGAAGGCGAAUUCCUAUAUAAAUUAUAUUUUUUUUGAAGAUAAUUUGACAUUUAAAGUGCGACCAUAUGUACAGAAGAACAAGUCGAUUAAUUUGAAUUUGUUUCAGCCUUAUUGAUUGGAAAAUCGAACAUUUUGUUUCCAAAUGAAGCUACAAAAUAUACUUUGUCAACAUCGAAAAAUUUAUCGUUUUCAAAUUCUUGAUGACAAUUGUAUACAUCUUCGCUAUAACACUAGGGUUUAUGUAUCGAUAAUUUAUUGGGAAAAUAUCGAUAAUUACAAAUCUGUUUGAGUCAUCGAUAGUUAUUAUUAAAGCACAAUCAAACUAAAAUGCAAUACUAUUUAUUAUCUAUCGGAAAAAUAUCGAUAAUUACAAAUCUGUUAAAGUUAUCGAUAGUUCUUAUUUUUAAAAAACCUAAAAUCAUUUUGCGAACAUAUAGACAUUUCAUAUGUAUAUCGAUAAAUUACCGCGAAAACAUCGAUAUUUAUUAUAUUGUCGGAAUUAUCGAUAGUUCUAACUUUCGAAUUAUCUAAAAGGACGAUUAAACUUAUGUGUAAUUAAAUUGAUUAUUUAUCGGAACAAAUUGAUAUUUAAUCUAAGAGCGGGAUUUAACUAAAAUGUAAUUAAAUCGAUUACUUAUCGGUACAAAUCGAAAUUUAAUUUUUUAUCAGAAUCGAUAACGAUCUGACACAUCGAUUAGCGAUCAAAUCUCAGUUUUUAUCUUUCGAUUAUUUAUCGAGAAAAUAUCGGUGGCUACUAAAUUGUCAGAGCUAUCGAUAUUUCUUACUUUCAAAAUAUCUAAAAGUGCAAUUAAACGAAAAUGUAUUUAAAUCGAUUACUUAUCGGAUCAAUAUUUUGUUUUUUUGUCAGAUUUUCUUAGAUAUGAAAACGAAGUUUGAUUAUUUCUAGGAAUAAAUGGAUAACAAUUUUUUUAUCAAAAUUCUCGUUUACUUUUAUAUUAUAGAAUUUAAAAAAGCGUUCCAAUUAAAUUCUUAAUAUAUCGAUUAUUAAUCGAAAUAAAUCGAUAUUUUACAAUUUUUAGGCGAUAAAAUCAAGGUUUUGAUAGUCCUCUUAAUUUUCGAUACAAUAUCGAUAUUUAAAAAAAAUUACAAAGUUAUCGAUAAUUUUUAUUUUUCAUUAUUUAAAAAAGCGAUCAAACUGAAUUCUUAAUAGAUCACGUUCAAAUUAAACCUUUUAUAGGUCUCUUAUUUAUCGAUAUUUUAUUUUUAUUAAAUUUAUCGAUAACUUUUAUUUCCACACAAUUUAAAAAGGCGUUCAAACAAAAAUCGUGAUACAUCGAUAAUUUAUCGACACAAAUCGUUACACAAUUUUCUGUUAUCGAUAACUUUUUUAACAGAAACUAAACAAUAUUCAAAACUAUACAAAUUUUAGUAAAACCAUUUCUUAAGUAAAUUAUUACUAUAUUCAAUACUUCACUCAAAUCGAUUAAAAUAACCAUAAGCAAAGACAUAAACACUUCGACACAGGCCAGUAUGAGCUCGACAGUUUGAAAUUAAAUCAAAA